AUGGCCGCCAUUCAAGAUAUCAAAGCAACAGACAUUGCUGCAAGUGGGGAACAGAAUGUCAUAGAAACAGCUACUUUUUCUCCUACAAACAGAGAGGAUAGUCUUUACACAAACCAGGUCCAGCUAAAAAAAACUGAAACACAAAUGAGUUCAGAAUUUGCAGUAAAAGAAAACAAUACAUCAUUGAAUGGCGAUAGUACAAGACAAGAGGAAUCACGGAACAAAAUGUUCCCAGAUAAUACAGAAAAUGAAGCUGAUAAACAAAUUAAUCACAUGACUGCUGAGAACAUAAAUGGUAACAGGGAAGAGAUGCAUGACAUAAUCCAGACAACAGAAAGAGAAAUUCAAGAGCCCUCAGAAAACCAAAGAGAGAUGACCACAUUCUCGAGAACAUGUGAUAUUUCCAAUAACUAUAAUAGUCUUCUCAGUUAUCCAGAUAGUUUAAAGCAAGAGAACAACAUAAUUGAAAAGGAGUAUCUUGACAUGCCGAAUGAUGAUAAUGACCCUCAAGUAUCUUGUUAUAUUACAGCUAAUUCAUACAUUCUACAGCAUCUAGAAUGCCGGAUAAUUAAUAAAAUGAGUUCCUUUAUAGUAAGUGAUAGUGAAGAGUUGCUCAGCCAUGUCAUCGCCAUUGAGUGCACACAUAAAGAAAAGAGAAUUCCAUUUCCAAUAAGCAUUGCAAUUCCAUUUACUGCACGUUACAGAGGAAAUUACAGGGAUGUCAUGGUGAAAGUGUCUGAUGCAAACUUCCAAGCAAGUUACCUAGCUCCAAAUUCACUGGAGGGAACAAGGGGAAGUUAUAAGGGCACCUGUGCAGAAGUGAAAGUUUACAAGUUGGGUAUCUUUUCUGUUGUGUCCUGUUUAAAGAAAGAGACUUUCACAGUAACAAAAAAAGGCCUUACUCUUAAGCCAAGCAUGGAUUCGCGAAUAUCUUUAAAUUAUCCUCCAGGAGUUUUCAGCUCACCAGUGCUGGUGCAGUUAAAGGUCCAACCAAUAGAACCAUCUCUGGUUUCAUGGGUAAAAACACAGCAAGAUACUUCCUACUUGGUAUUAGCCACCAGCCCUCUGAUGCAUAUUCAGCAUCCAUCAACACAUCCUUUCCAGAAACCAGUCACUGUCAUCCUACCUUGCUUUCAACACUCUGAUAAAAAGAAUCUUGGGCCUGAGACAGAUCAUAAAAGGACAGCUAGUGCUGGAACAAACAGGAUCAUACCUUUUUACCUCAACUGGACAAAAAGUGCUUCCAUAAGAAAACUAGGGAACAAUGUCAGUGAAUCUUUGAAAUUACUGGGAUUCAGGAGUCGAGACAGUGGUUGGUUUGGACUCGAUGAUGUUGUGGUGAGAACCAUGCAGAAUGGCUUGAUAACAUUUGAAUUGUGUGAGCACUUAGAGAGGUUUAUUGUGCUUCAGCUCUCUUCCACUGUGGACAACAGCCAUUUGGUGUCUUUUGUGAAAUCCCUAGAGGCAGCCCUGCUCAGCACCACUGCCUGCAUCGUGCUGUAUCACCAAAAAGACAAUCCACACCGAAUAGUUGUUUCAGUGGUGCCGUCUAAAGACCUAAGCCAGGUGCUCAAACACUUGCGCUCAGAAGGGCUCAGUGGCCCUCUGGAGCCAUCACGCCAUUUCCCAGUGAAAGAAGGAGAACAACUUCUUUUAAGGUUUACUGGAAACAUAUUUGCCUCAAGCAAUGGGAAGGAUUAUGGAAAAGACUACAAAAUUAUUUUUCAUUUACAAAGAAAACCCAGGCUGGAACUCCAAAUCAAAGAAGUGGAUGAAUUUGGAAACUAUAGCUGCCCUCAUUAUAAGGGCACCAUUGCAGUUUAUAAAGUCCCCAAAGAAAAGAUAUUGGAUAAGAAAUUGGAUCAAUUUCUUAAGACCAAUGAAAACCAUGAUGAGUUACCAAUUUGCAAAUUACCAGUGAGGUUGCCAAAGCAUAAAAAAUUAAUCAACCGUCCACGGAGUACUAAAAGAAUUUCUUCAGAUCCUCUAGAAGCGCUGUGGGAGAACCUGCUCUACUGGCUGGCUGAGGAGCUCUCAGAGGAAAACGCCACCGGUCUGUCCUCAUCUCUCCCUCUCCGACGCAGCACCGUGCAGCUGAUCAAACUGAAGAACCCUGAUGACCUCACAGAACAAAUCCACGAACUGCUUUCCUUCUGGAAAAAAUCGCUUCCAAAUUCUGCUGAUAAACUUCGCCUGCUGGCUCGUCACCUGCGCAAGAUCGGCAGGAGCGAUCUUGCAGAAGAGCUGAAGUUCAAGUGGGAAAAUAAAGUGUUCACUGAGCCACAGCAGUGGCUGGAUGUGACAGACUAA